CCGCCGCUGCCCGCCCUCUGCCUGCUGGGGGUGCUGGUCACCACCUGCCUCGGAGCGUCUUCCUGGUUGGAACCAGGGUUCCAGGUGAACCUCCGGGGCUCCAGCUCGCAGUGCCAGGGCCAGAUAGAGGUCCUCUUAGAUGGCCGGUGGCACACAGUGGACAGCCGGAGCUGGGGCCGGAGCCCCGGCCACCAGUGGCACCCCAGCGUGGCCUCCCCGCUCUGCCAGAAAAUGAAGUGCAGGGAAGCCUUGCUCCUCGGCCAGGUCCCUUCCUUCAGCAGCCCCCGGAACCACAUCACCUGCCAGGGAAUGCUGGGGUCCUUCUCCCACUGCAACGCCAGCGACGCCCGCCAGGCGGAGCCCCUGAGCCUGAUCUGCUUAGAACCACUGAAGACGACCCCUCCUCCCACAAGGCCUCUGCCCACAACCACUCCAGAGCCCGCAGCUCCUCCCCGGCUGCGGCUGCUGCCCGGGCCCGGGGAGGCAGAGGGGACCCCGGCCCCAGGGGCGCGCAGGCCCCUGCCCAUCCGAUGGAGGGCCCAGAACACCAGCUGUGCCUCCCUGGAGCAGUGCUUCCGGAGAGCGCAGCCCUGGGAGGGCGGCCGGGCCCUCGCCCUCGUCUGCUCUGGUGACUCCUACCAGGUGCUGGAGGCCGGCGAGAAGGACACGCGGGGGCUGGUCUGCUUCGGGGAGAAGCUGUCCCAGUGCCACCAGCUCCAGGAGCGGCGAGCCCACUGCAAGCGGGUGUUCCUCACGUGCCAGGACCCCAACCCGGCGGGCCUGGGCACCGGCACCGUGAUGAGCAUCAUCCUGGCCCUGGUGCUGCUGGCUGUGCUGCUGGUCAUGUGCGGGCCUCUCAUCUACAAGAAGCUGGUGAAGAAAUUCCGACAGAAGAAGCAGCGCCAGUGGAUUGGCCCGACCGGGAUGAACCAGAGCAUGUCUUUCCAUCGCGAUCACGGGACGACUGUCCGCCGGUCGCAGGUUGAGAACCCCACAGCCGCGCACCUGGAGAAUGAGUACAGCCAGCCCCCCAGGAACUCCCAGCUCUCCGCGUACCCAGCUCUGGAGGGGGCCCUGCGCCGUGUGUCCGCCCAGCCCGAUAACUCCUCCGACAGCGACUACGACCUGCACGGGGCUCAGCGGCUGUGACAGACCAGGGACCGGGAGGGAGCCAGCUGGGCCCUGAGAGCGCCUGCCUGCCGCUUGGAAACACGGCCCGACUCCUGCUCUUCGGGCCAUGGCCGAGGGCGGGCCUCCCCACACCCAGCCCUGCCCUCCCACAGGAGCCGCAGCGAAGCCCACAGAACAGCUGGCUGCCUGCGUGGCAGCUGGGAGGGCAGAGCCCGAAGACAAGCAGCCCCUCCAAGCAGAGACAGGGGCGGGUGUGGGAACCCCGCCUCGUCUGUGGGGAGCUCUCUCCUCACGCGGGGGCCCAGGGAGGACUGACGGAAGCGCACACGGGGCAGGGGUGGGAGCCGAGGUCUCUCGUGUAUUUAAUAUGUUCUUUGUAAAUAACGGC